AUGUCUGGAAGCGCUGAGCAUCUGAAGGAUGAGGGCUCCAAAACCCAAUCAAUGAUAGCUGGUGCAACAGCUGGAUUGAUUGCCAGAUUCGUAAUCGCUCCCUUGGACGUUGUUAAGAUUCGCCUGCAAUUGCAAUCACAUUCCGCAUCAGACCCUCUGUCUCAUCGGGAUCUGCGAGGAUCACUAAUAUACAAAGGCACACUUCCUACCAUCAAACGUAUUUUCCGAGAGGAGGGACUGUCGGCAUUAUGGAAGGGAAAUGUUCCAGCGGAGUUGAUGUAUGUUUCAUACAGUGCGAUUCAAUUCACGACGUAUAGAUCUGUUACGCUGGCCCUGCAAGAUACUGUCGGGGAACAUAGAAUGCCAGCUGCUGCUGAAAGUUUCAUUGCCGGAGCAUCCGCAGGAGCUGUCGCUACGACCGCCACUUAUCCUCUUGAUUUACUUCGGACACGAUUCGCCGCGCAAGGAGUAGAGAGGAUAUAUACUUCUCUCCGAGCCUCUAUCCGUGACAUUGCCGUUAAUGAAGGACCGAGGGGGUUUUUCCAAGGACUUGGGGCUGGAGUUGGACAAAUUAUACCAUACAUGGGGAUUUUCUUUGCCACUUACGAGACUUUACGUGUCCCGUUAGGUACUCUACACAUGCCUUUUGGAUCUGGAGAUGCAACUGCUGGAGUUCUUGCUUCGGUUAUUGCAAAAACAGGCAUAUUUCCAUUUGAUUUGAUCAGGAAGAGGUUGCAAGUACAAGGGCCAACAAGAGAAAGAUACGUUCAUAAGAACAUUCCAGUUUACAAUGGUGUUUUUCGGACCAUGCGACACAUAAUACAAAACGAAGGUUACCGAGGGCUUUAUCGAGGAUUGACAGUCAGUCUCUUCAAAGCGGCCCCAGCUAGUGCCGUUACUAUGUGGACAUAUGAACGAGUUCUCCGACUUUUACUGAAAUGGGAGAAAGCCCAGGAGAGCCCAACAUGA